GAAGAGGAGAAGGCGGCGGUGGCCGUCGCGUCCCGAGUCACCGCGGCCGGGGGAGUCCCGGCCGGGGGGUCGGUCCGUGCCCCGACGGGGCGCGCGGAGCGGGCGAGGAGGUGCAGAGCUGCCGCGGAGCUCAGGUUGCUUUCCUGUUGCAUCUUUGACCUAGUUUCCUAGACUCUGCUCCAUGAUUUAACUUGAAAGUCUGAAAUGAAGAUGGAGGAGGCAGUGGGAAAAGUCGAAGAACUCAUUGAGUCUGAAGUCCAGCCAAAAACAUCUGAACAAGAGACAACUAAGGAAGAAGAUGGAUCUGUAGAACUGGAAUCUCAAGUUCAGAAAGAUGGGGUAGUGGAUUCUACCGUUCUGUCUUCAAUGCCCUGCUUAUUGAUGGAACUGAGAAGGGACUCUUCUGAGUCUCAGUUAGCAUCCACAGAGAGUGACAAGCCGACCACUGGCCGAGUUUAUGAGAGUGACUCCUCUAAUCACUGCAUGCUUUCUCCUUCCUCUAGUGGUCACCUGGCUGAUUCAGACACUUUGUCUUCAGCAGAAGAGAAUGAACCCUCUCAGGCAGAAACAGCGGUGGAAGGAGACCCUUCUGGAGUGUCUGGUGCCACAGUUGGGCGCAAGUCUCGGCGUUCCCGAUCUGAAAGUGAAACAUCUACCAUGGCUGCCAAGAAAAACCGGCAAUCCAGUGACAAACAGAAUGGCCGAGUCGCCAAGGUUAAAGGUCAUCGGAGCCAAAAGCACAAGGAGAGAAUCAGGCUACUGAGGCAGAAAAGGGAGGCUGCUGCACGGAAGAAGUACAACCUGUUGCAGGACAGUAGUACCAGUGAUAGUGACCUGACUUGUGACUCAAGCACGAGCUCAUCAGAUGAUGAUGAAGAGGUUUCAGGGAGCAGCAAGACAAUCACUGCAGAGAUACCAGAUGGCCUCAAUGUCUUUAAAGCUGACUUCAGUCGUGCUGGGGGAUCUGAAGGAGCGCCCAGGGAAAUGCCAGGAUUACUUGACAGGGGUGCUGUGAAUGAUAGGCACUGCAUAGGCAGUGUCCUGGAAGAGGCCAUGAGCUGUUUUUCCGAGAUGCAGAGGCAGACAGAGGAGAAGUUUCACGUGUGGAUGGAAAAGUUAACUCACCUUGACACUGGCGAAGAGAACAAGCAGCUAUGGAACCCAGGGAACUUAAAAUGCAACUAGUUGGCCAAAGAAUUUCCCCUCUCACCCAGUCAGGUGCUUAUAUGCAGAUGCCUGAUUUCCAAGAACUACCACAGCAGCCCUUUGGUUCUUGUGUGACUUGUCGAAAUGUUGACAGUACAGAAUUCCCGAAGACUUUUAACAGUUUUCCAGUUAACUUUGCCAAAAAUGGCAAUAUUACAGAACAGCCUUUGAAUCUGUCACAAAUUCAGUUGUGUUUACUAUCUGGUUUUUAGAUUGUAUAAGAAGGAAUAUAGUUUUGCCUAUUGUAAGUUUCUUUUGAUGGUGUUUUAAAAAUUAUGAUAGUAAACAGUUUCUUUUUAAAAAAUUAGAUAUUCAAAACAGCAGAGUUGGAUAAAUUUUAGCUUGUGUUUCGUUACAUUUCAUUGGAACAUAGAACCAUAUUUAGAUGAUAAUAGGAGCAAUCUUCAUCUUUAUGCUUUUUUGUGCCAAAAAUAUAAAUAAGAUAUAAGAUAGGGAAUGUUAGUGAAUCCAAAUAGUUAAGUGAUUAAUUCCUUGAGACUCUCUUAGCAUUUAUUCUCUAAAAACACUGUUGACUCCCUUCUAUUUUCAGCGGAGGAAAUCAUAUAAUUAAUCCCACUCUGAAGAUCAUAAAUGAUGAAUGUACUGCAUGAACAUUUUUAUAUCAUUCUUCCGUAUGUCAUUUAAUGAAUGCAUCUGUUGCUUGUCUUUAAUAAAUUAUAACUUUCAGUAACAUAUGUAUGUAGGAAAAAUGAAUUAACUUUUGAGGAAAUGUAUACUCUACCUACUAUGCAAGAUAUUGUAGAGAAAGCAGAAUAGAAUGGAAUAUGAUUAUAUGCAUGAGAAUUUUUCAUUGCUACAUAGAUGAAUUUUUAUCUUCGGCAUUAACUUAAAGCUCAGUGCCUGAGUAACCUGGCAGACAACAUUUGGUGAAAUUGUCUGGUACCCUGAUGUAAAGGGUAAUUCUAGAGGAAACAGAUGAAAUGUUCACUCUGUUAAGGGUGUAUAUUGAAUGGGUUUUUUCAGUUACUAGUGACUAAGUAUAUUAGCUAAUGUACUACCGAUUUAAUUUUGUUUUUAAUCCCUAGACAGAAAAUAAAUGGUCCUUUGGCAUGUUAAAGGGCCCAUAGAGUAUGUCAAAGGGGAGAAAACAUCACAGGAUUGAAAGUCUUACAACAUGAUAGCUGUUUUUAUGUGUAGCCUGGGAUUGGGAAACAUUGAUAUUUUAUCUUUUCUGGGUUGGUAAGACUAUUGUGAGAAACUGCUAAAUUAGGAUGAAAUUUUUUAAUAGGAAUAUGUAACCUUGCUAACACUUUUUUUAAGAUUUUGCUUUAUAUUUGAUUUACUUACAAUAAAAAUUUAUUAGUCUUUCCCUUCAAAUUUGUAACUUGUAACUUCUCAAUAUGAAAAAGGGUAAUAUUUUAACAUUUAAUGAAGUUGCAACUUUGGGAGAACUGUAAUUCUCUGUUUUGUAAGAGAAGGAUGGGUGGUUUACAUAACAAUGAAGACCUUUAAUAAUUUAUCAAUAACUUUACUCAGAAAAUUGUCAGUACAUUUUCUGUUUAGUUCUUUAUCCAAAUAUUUGUUACUUCUAAAUUAACUGUAAUAGAACAAGUCACUUUAUUUCUUUUCUAGUUUUUAUUAUUUGAAAAAUAAACUGGGUGAUUUUUUUUUUUUUUUUUUUUUUUCUUUUUAGAAACUGAUGGAUGAGAGUUGGGAGUUAACUUUGGGGGAGGCUUGUUAAUAUGCUCCAUUCUUUUUUGAAGAAUGUGUGCUAGGAAUUGAUGAAAAAGACUGGAAGUCUCUUCUUUAUUGUGUAAUGACUGUCGGAUUUCCUGAACUUGGUAUUUGACAAAUAGGGGUAAGGUUUGAACACCAGUGCAACUUGCAAUAAAUUUAACAUCAGCUAAGCUCUUACAUAAUGUUAGUAUGAAUUUUUACCAUAAACUGUAUGAGUUUAUUAUAACAGAUUUCUUUGAAAUGAUCAUGCAACAUUUGUAAAUGACUUCAGCUAGUGUUUUUCUUUUUUUAGUUUAUUUCAGGAAGAACAUACUAGUUUGGGAUGACUGACUAGAUUUUAAGUCAUGUGUAAUCUUUACUUGAAUUUGAGAUAUUUUCAGGGAAGUUUGUUCUGUCUUCAGUUUCUUACUGGGAUCACAGAUUUUACUAGAUAUGGACUUUUAGGCAUAAAAAAUGUUAAUUUAGGGGGCGCCUAGCUGGCUCUGGUAGAGCAUGCAACUCUUGAUCUGAGUCAUGACUUCAUACCCCACAUUGGGCAUGGAACCUACUUAAGAAAAUGAAGUUAAUUUCAGCAUGUUAAUGUGACUUUUUUUCUAUGCAUGUGUAAACUGCUUUAAGCUCUUAGCAGGUUUCUUUUUUUGUUUCAUGAUUUAAUAUUUGAUAUAUUAAGCAUGUACUGCUGUUUUUUAUUUUUAAAAUAGAAAAUAUGAAUUCAUCUUUUAAGAAUAACACAAAUUAUUCCUAGUACUGAUUGGAUAUAUUCUAGUUUUUGGUACUAGAUAAUGAACAAAAAGGCUACAGAUAUAUUUUUGCAUUUAAGAGAAAAAUGAAAAAAUUUCAGUGGAAUAGAAUUAUCAAAUAUAGGUUUUAAUUGACAUUCUAGGUAGGACAAGGUUUUAGAUAUUUGGGAAGGUGUCAAACAGUAAUUUUGGGAAGCCUUUCUACAUAAUUUUGGGUAAAGAGGUGAAAAAAGGUUUUGGUAGAAAGAAAAGGACCACCAAGAUAUAUUGAUUUCAUUCAUAGAAUAUAUUCCAAAAUACUAAAAUUUAUUCUAAAGUAAAAUUGGACACUUUGUGGUUUGGAGUGUUUAAGAAUAAUUUUGAAGCAGAAACAUACAUGCAAAUUUUAUCCUGAUUUUCAGUUUCUCACAGUGCCUUGAAAAUGUGUUGCUCUCUUAGGGAAUAUUGUUUUGAAAAACAGUAAGUUUUUAUAUGAGUUGUGCUUUAAAAUGAUUACACCUUGUCCAGAUUGCACAAUUUAAAAAUACCUAUUUUUAAAAAGUUUGAUUUUAUAUUCUGUAUAUUUAAAGAAGUAUCAAGUAUUGAAGUAGUUUUAAUACUUAUUUUUAUAUGAUUGCUGUUGUGGAUUAUUGAAUUCUCCUUUAGCGAGUCAAAGUCUCCAUCCCUAAAUUUAUACCCUCUCAUCCAUGGGGCUUAUGUCCCAAGACCCACGUGGAUGCCUGAAAGAAACCACGUGUAGUACCAACUCUACAUACAUUGUUUUUUCCUAUACAGACAUACCUAUGAUAAAGUUUAAUUUAUUAACUAGGCACAGUAAGAGAUUAACAACAGUAAUGAAAUAGAACAGUUCUAACAAUAUAUUAUAAUAGAAGGUAUGUAAAUGUAAUCUGAGAAUCUCUCAUUGUACUAUACUCCCCCUUCUUGUGAUGAUUUGAGGUGAUACAAUGGGGUGAUGAGAGGAAGGGAGGUGAACGACACAUGCGCUAUGAUGUAGUGUUAGGCUGCUGUUGACCUUCUGACCAUUUGUCGGAAGGCGGAUCAUCUGCUUCUGGACCACUGUUGACUAAUUUAACUGAGACCAUGGAAGUGAAACCACGGCUAAAGGGGACUGUUGUACUACAGGGACUACAAAUAAGAAAUGGGAAAGACUUUUGGAUCAUGUGUGGCAUUUUAUGUAGGUAUUGUUUUAGAAGUGCCUAGUGGUCCUCCCUAACUUCUCUUGAAUUCCCUUAAUUUUCCUAGAAUUUUACAAAGGGUAAGAGAUGUAUCCUGUUCCGACCUUUUUGUAGUAUAUAAAGGGCUACUGCUGGGAAGAAACUUCUUUCAACCUCUAAAACAUAGACGUGGUUGAAAUGCUUUUUAUUAAAGAAUAAAGUCCCAUAUUUGAGCAUGUCAUUUCUCUAACGUGUACAUAUGGAAUUAGGUGAUGAUCUUUAAAAAGGGGCAUAUCCCCUCAGUAAAGGUAAAUGUGUUUUCGGAAGCUCUGUCUACAGACUACUUCCUGCCUAGUUUUUACUAAUUCAGUGUUCUAAAACAUUAGAUUUUUAAUCAUUUUAAGAAUAUUUAACCAGCAGAUUAGAACGAUCUGGUUAUUCGAGCCAUUUGUUAGAUAAUAAUAACUCUCUUAAUUGUAUUGAUGUGUAUUUUGUACACAUUAUUAAAAAUGAGUGUAAUCAAAGCCCAAAUAAAAUUUUAAUUUAUAACACAACACAGUGAAAUUAAAAUCUUAUGAUGUAAUGUUUUGCAUGAAGUGUUCUUUUUAACUUAGAAUUAGAAUAAAGGAUUCUGUCAUUUUGGGGCUCCAAAAGAAAAAGCCUGUUUGUUACUGAAUAAGAGGAAUGAGAGUCAUCUUAAGGAUGUGUGUGUCUGUGCAUGUGUGUGUACACAUAUGCCCAUUCAGAAUUCUGAAAUAAUUUCUGUUCUAUUUGACAAGUUGUUGGAGACAGAUAACUAUGUAAUAGUCUUAUAGGGAUUUUAUUGGAUUUACAUCAUUAAUAUCCAUUCAUUGCUUCUUACUUGUAUGUAAGAAAAAGAGUUGCCCACAUAUAAGCUUAGUUAGCGUGAUUAAAUUGGAGAAAAGUGUUACUUUAUGGAUAUUCUUUUCAUUGUCAAGGUUUUUGGCCUCUUGUUUCACUAGCAGACUGAGUAAAAAAAUAAUUUUGCUUCAUUGCUUUUGUCAUUCUCUACUGUUACAGAUUUACCAGCAGAGAUCCAGGUCUCUGGGUCUAGGUAUAUCUCAAUUUACCUGAGGUUUAUUACUUAAAAUUUGUAUGCAAGUCAGAAUAUUAGAAAUGAAAUAAUUUAAAAUGAAUUAAAUCUGCUUGUUAAUAAAAGAAGUGCCAUAGUGGAUCUUUUUCUUGAGCAAUCACCCAAGUUGGUAUUGCUGAUAAUUUUCAUUUUUAAUGUCUAGCUGAAUUUGCCUAAUGGUACAGCUAUGUGGAAGUCAUAGGAAAGAUGGCAAACAGAUUUCUUGCUGUUUUUUGUUUAGAAUAACAGAUUAUAAGCAUCUUAAGGAUGGUGACCUUUUAAAGUAAGUGUACCUGUUACCUUUCUUUAGUUUAUACUGAUUUCCCUCUCUCCUGUUUGUAUUUAAAUGAUACAGUGAUGGAGAAAAUGAAAAAGAUCUUCUGGAAUGUCACAUGUUAGAAAAUACAGCAUCAGAACUCUUUCAGCAAAUUUAUUAAACUUGAAAUUCUUUUUCUGUUCAGUAAAAAAUGUUCUUGAAGGAAAAUUCUCAGAUCCUUUCUAAAAAUGGUUUGUGUCCAUAAUCAUUGUACAGAUAAGAAACUUGUCUUCUUAAUUUGUCUAGCACGAAUUCUUCACAACAUGAAUAACUUGAGUUUCUAUACUUCUUUUUUUCUUGGUUUUUAUUUUUAAUUUCUCUGAAUUUUAGGAAAGUUAGUGGGAUUGAAAACAAUUAGUUUCUAGCAUUGAAUAGAUCUUAACCUUAUGUUAAAUUUACCUCAACAUGAAGUAGAAGACAUCCUAAAAAUUGAAGGAAUAAUAAUCUAUGAGGAAAUAUAUUCUUUGGUAAUGAAAUCUUAUAACUUUAAGAUUUGGGGAGAAUGUUAUCAAAUAACUGAUUUUUAUUUUAUUGCAUUUUCUUUAUAUCUUUUACCUAACUGCAUUUGAAAUGUAAUAACUAAUCUAGAUAAAUAAAAGUUUUAAAAAAGAAAUGCUUCUUGUUGCUAUGUUGAGGACAGCAUUGGUUAUAUUAGUGAUUCUCUACCAGUUAAUUCACAUUAGGUGUUUGGAAGUCAAGAAACUUGCUUUUCCAUAAUGUAAUGAUGGUAUUAAUUUGUAGUUAGAAUAAUGUUUUUGAGAUAAUUUUCAGGUUUUUUUGUAAUUGGUGUAUUGAGAAAGGUAAUAACAAAUUCCAAUGUUAAUACAAAAGUUGAGAUUCUUUUUCUUUGCAUGUCCUGUUAAGUUAGCCUCCUAAAAAUUGAGGAGUAUUUGGAAAAUAGCAGAAUGUAGACUACUUUGAGAAGUAAUCAGAAAGGAGUGAAGGUAUCUUUAGCAGGGAGGAUAGACAUGGAGAUGUGGCUAAAAUCAUACCUAAUUUUUAUGUCCUUCAUGUACGUAGUACAGAUAUUUCAGUUUUGUUCCCUGGAGAUCUGAAUAUUAAAGCAGUAGGUUGUUGUUUGUUUCUGAAAUAGGCAGAAAAAUUGAAAGAUGGUGACCUCUUCAGGUGCCCUGUUUUCUGUAUUUUUAGGGUCUUUUUUUGAAUAUCCAGAUACAUAUUACCUGACUUAUCUCAUGAAAUGUUAAAUGGUGAAAUGGUUAAAAUGUUAAAGGGUGAAAUGUUAAAAUGAAAUUUUCUUUCUUGCGAUCAGCUUUCUAACAACUCUGAUAAUCUUCAAUAUUUGCUUUUAUCUCUUUAGUCCUUUCAGAAUUAACUUUUUUUUUUUUAAAGAUUUUAUUUAUUCAUUUGGUAGAGAUUACAA